AUGAGUGAGCAAGCGGCUGGUGAACAGAAUCGAAGAUCUGGAGCAACUACAAAGCAAGAAAAUGUAAGACCAGUUCCAAGAAGAAGUGCUAAGGAAAUGGAUAGCGCUUGCUACAGACUUUCACAAUCAAAUCCAACCAAAGCCCCGCCUCUAGAGAAAAACGAAUCAUAUGUUGCAAGAUAUUUCAAAGAGCAUCCUGAUGCAGAAGUUGAUAAGACAACACCUGAAGAAAAAUUAGAAGGUGUCUCAAAUCAGCUUUCUGGCGAUGGAGAAAUGGAAUACAAGGAAAAACUCGAGUUACUUGUUAAACAAAAAGCAUUAAAUUUCAUAGUUCAUGGAGAAUCUUCAAUAGAAUUAUUAAAAUCACUUUAUCAGCUUGGAUAUCAUUAUCAUCACAACGAUCGUCCAGCAUCUGCAAUUCGUCAUCUUACUAAAGCUAAGCAGAUGGAACAGAGCGAAUCAAUACAGGAAUCCAUGAAAGAAGAACAAGAUCUUGCUUAUAAUAUCGAUAUUGAAUGUGCAGAGUCAUAUUACGACAAUGCAUUAUUACUGUUAAAUCAAAGAGAUGCCAAACCACGCGAUAUUUCCUCCAAGUUACACUCAGCUGUUUCAAUUGCCUCAAAAAUACCUCAGCAAGAUGAUUUCGAUAAAGACUUCCGCGUUACAAUUCUAAAAGCUCGUGCAAGUUCUACAAACCGUAAAUAUCAAAACGCUUCACAAUUUUAUGAAAACGCAAUAACGAUUUUGAAGAAUCAGAGCGAAAAUAAAUCCACCGAACAAAUUGCAGAUGUUCUUGUUGAGCAUGCACAGAAUGAAGAGAAAAGUGUACCGCCAAAACAAAAUACAGAGUCUUCAAAUGAUAUUUUAUCAAAUGAGCCACAAAUUAAUACAAAAGCAGUUUGUUUAUAUUACGAAGCAUUCAAUAUGUAUCAGGAACUUGGAUUAACAGGAAAAGCUGAUAAUCUUCGUCCAAAGAUUCCAGAAAAUAUUGAAGAAAUUGUUCAAGGCGAAAAAGACAAAGCCGAAGCUGAGAAACUUAGGAAGGAAGCAGAAGAAGCAGAAAGACAACAAAAAGAAGCUGAAGAAGCCGCUAAAAAGCAAAAAGCUGAGGAGGAAGAAGAAAAACUGGAGGAGGCCGAUGCUCCCCCUGCAAAAACUCCUUCCCCGGCCAAGACUCCAGAAAAAGUACCAACAGCAAAAGGCUCAUCGAAAGUACAAUCACCACAAACAAAAUCACCAUCAAGGACACCAAAGAAACAAUCUCCAAGAGAAGAAAAGAAGCCAAGUCUUUCAAUUGGAGAAGCUGUCAAAGAUAAAGUUGAUGAUAUCGUUGAUGAUGAUAAUGCUGAUGUAAAGAAUGACGAUGACUUCGAAUCAAAGGCUGAUGAUGAUUUCGAAUCUAAAGAAGAUGAUAAUAAUUUCGAAAUUAAUGACAACGCUGAAGAAAAAGCAGAUAAUGAUACUAAGAAUGAUAAUGAUGAGAACUUUGAAGUUCAAAAUGAUGAAGGAAACUUCGAAAUGAAUGAUGAUGCAGAUGUCAAGCAAGAAGACGAAGGAAAUCAACCGCCACCAGAAAACGUAUACACUCCAAUCACAACAGAAGAAAAUCCGAAGUUUAAAGUUGAUAAGCAAGAUGAUGACGCAGAUAACUUUGAACUCGAAGACGAAAUAGCGCCACCUCUACCUGAUAUGGGUGGUGAUGUUAAUGAAGGUGGUGAUUUUGUUAUGGAUGACGAUAAGAAGGACAAUGCUGAUCCUGAUAACGAACUUAACUUCGAGGAUGACUUUAACUAA